UUAGUUCCUUUAGAGAUGUGAAGGCGAAUCACAUUGUUUGCGGACACAAGCAUUUAGGGACGAGUAGUAUCAUGCAACUUUGCUGUACAUACUCAAGACUUUUGUUGUUGUUGUGAGACGGCAACAUUUACAUGCACACCACUAUCUUCACUCUGCCUCCACGGAUUAUCCCAAAGUACAACCACCGUGGAUUGACCCCAGUGAUCGCCCCAGCGAUUUACCAGAAAGUACAAGUAGAUUUGCCAGCAGAACCAGCUGCCCAAUUCAUUAAAGGACUUACACAAGAGACAGACAAUCCAUGUGAAAGUGCUAUUUUUUUUUCGAAAUUUUGCUGUGUUUAACAUUGAAUUACACAAUUUGAAGAAAAACCAUUAAAAGACUCAUAAUUGGAGAGAUACCAUCCAUGUUCUUGUUUUAAAUAGAAAUUUCUUCAAAAAACUUCAGUGUUGAAGAUGGAAUUACCCAAUUUAGAGAAACCCCAUUUAAGUGCAAUUGUUGCUGAGAGCAUUUUGGAGUUAUAUACUCCAUGUAUCUGUAAACAACAUGAAAGGACCCACACUGAAGAAAAAACAUUCAAAUGCCAGUAUUGUGAAAAGAGUUUUAGAUGGAAAGGUAGUUGUGCACGGCAUGAAAAAAAACACACUGGUGAAAAAACUUUCAAAUGCCAGUAUUGCGAAAAGAGUUUUAGUGACAAAAGUUCCAUUUUACGACAUGAAAGGUCCCACACUGGAGAAAAACCAUUCAAAUGCCAAUAUUGUGAAAAGAGAUUUAGUGAGAGAAGUGCUUGUGUACGGCAUGAAAUGAACCACAAUGGAGACAAACCCUUCAAAUGCCAGUAUUGUGAAAAGAGUUUUAUUAAGAGACAGUACUGUGUAACACAUGAAAGGAGCCACACUGGAGAAAGGCCAUUCAAAUGUCAGUAUUGUAAAAAGAGUUUUGGAGAGAAAAGUCGAUGUACACGUCAUGAAAAGAUCCACACUGGAGAAAAACCUUUCAAAUGCCAGUUUUGUGAAAAGAGUUUUGGUAGAAAAUGUAAAUUGUUACUACAUAAAAGGACACACACUGGGGAAAAACCAUUCAUAUGCCAAUAUUGUGGAAAGAGCUUUAGUAUAAAAAGUAACUGUAUAACACAUGAGAGAAUCCAUACUGGUGAAAAGCCAUACAAAUGCCAGCAUUGUGAAAAGAGAUUUUUUGAUAAAAGUGGCUGUUUAAUACAUGAAAGGAUUCACAGUGGAGAAAACCCUUUCAAAUGCCAGUAUUGUCAAAAGAGUUCUAGAAGCAAACCGGGUUGUUUACAACAUGAAAGGGCCCACAUUGGAGAAAAACCAUCUAAAUGCCAGUAUUGUGAAAAGAGUUUUAUUAAAAAAGAUUACCGUAAAAAACAUGAAAGGACCCACACUACAGGAAGACUGUUCAAAUGCUAGUUCUGUGAACAGUUAUGGUGAGAAAAGUAAAUGUAUACAACAUGAAGAAGGAAUUCACACUGACUUUCCAAUUCAGUUUAUUGAGAAAGAAUUUCUAGAUGAGGAUAUUUCACAUAGGGCUAUACUUUCACUUGAGUUUGGGAAAAAGAAAUUUUAAGAUAAAGUUUCUGUCUCAAGGCUAAAAGAAGAAAGGGAUUUCUAUACUGAUGCCGUAGUCAAAUAGGAGUUAGAUGAUAACAUUGUUCCAAAAGUGGGGCCUUAGAUACAUCCUUUUGCAAUGUUAAGAAAAAUUUUUGUAGAUGCUGAUGCAUAAUGUGUAGUAAUUCAUAAAAUCAUGUCAUAGACAUUUGAUAUGCUCUAAUCUAACUGAAUUGAUAGUUGUAGCUAGUCAAACAUUAAGAAAUGUGGUCAAUUAAAAAUGAAAAAAAAAAUUAAUAAGAUAAAAGACAUUUCAUUGCAUGUGUUCUUAUUGAUGGGAAAAUGACUGAAGUAAAAGAUGAGAUUCAUUCUUAUUUUUGUUUCAUUGAUUUAAAUCUUGAAAGCUGAGCCCUGGGUCCCGUACCUCAAAAGAAUCGUGCAUUUGACCAAGCUCAAGCCU